UUUCCCUCCAAUCCCUCCUUCUCUCCUGUGGUGUCGUUGUGUGUAGUCAUUUGUUCGGUGAUGUUUUGUGUAGUUCUGUUUAUCCGUUUGUACUUAUUGUUCAUAGUUUCAAUGUUCAAUUCAAUUUUAGAUUGCCCAAGAAACUAAAAACGUAUUUUAGUUGCCUCUCGGAAAAAUAAUUAUACUAGUGCCUUAAAGGAGUACAAAAAUAUGGAGAGUGAUCCUAAUCGCGAUAAAUAUUAUAGAUAUCGCCGAAAUAAAGAGUACAAGAAAAUGCACGAUUGGGCAAACUCGUUUCCGCGCUUUUGGUGCAUUUCUCUAAUGAACCAUGAAGCUGUAGCUAAUAUCAUUGCAGAGGAGGAAAAAGACUGCUUGAAUUACAUGACUGAUUUUUACAUCGAUGAGCCCGAAACCGGCAAUGGAUACAGAUUCAAUUUUGUCUUCAAAACAAACCCGUACUUCACGAAUCAGGUUCUCAGUAGAGAAUACCGUCGUGAUGACUAUCUCAGAAUUUUGCCCAGCUACAUCAACUGGAAAGAUGGAUAUCACCUUGUACGACUUGUAAAGAAGAAUUACACUGUAAAAAAAGACCCUCCAACAAGGUGGCAUAAGUAUGAACUUUCCCGUCAAACAUUUUUUACGUGGUUCUUAGAUCGCAGUACUCUUAAUGAAGAUAGAAUUGGCAACGCUAUCAGGAAUGAAGUAUGGACAGAUCCGAUUAGGUUUUAUAUGAAGAAUGUACCUUCAGUAUUAACUAAAAAAAGCAGUGGUGAAGAAAAAAAUAAUAAUGACAAGAAAAGUGACGAUGAUGAUGUGGUCUUCAUAAAGGAAGUAAGGAAAGAGGACAGGGUGUAUGAAGUAAUCACCAUAGACGAUGAAGAUGAAGAUGUAAAGAAAGACCAACAAGAUGGAACCAAAGAGAAUACAGAGUGUUCCAGCUCCAAAGCCGAGAGUACGGAAGAGAAAGGUACAUCCCAAAUUAUUGAUAGGUCCAUCAGUGACAGUGAAACUGAAAGUGAAACCGAGAGUGAAACCGAAAGUGAAACCGAGAGUGAUGUCGAUGAUGACAUAAUGGAGGAUGACAAAGAAGAAAAUCAGGAUGGAACCGGAGAGGCUAUGGAGUGUUCCAGCUCCAAAGCCGAAGAAAAUCCGGAGAAAAAGGAACAUAAGUGUAAAUCUAUCUGUUGCUAUGAUGGCUGUAGUGAUGACAGUUCAGUUGAAAUUGAAUAAGUAACUUAUUUCAAUCCUGUUUUUUAAAGAACAAAAAUUUACUUUUUUUAUGUGAUAUGUUUAAGAGUUCCUGUUGAUCCCUGAUUUUUGCACUGGGGUUGAUUUAAAAUUAAGUUGUGAAAAAUAUCCCACCAAUUGUUGAUCAACAUGAUAGCUUUGUUGUAUUUGACUUAAUAUUCAGUUUUAUUUUGGGUUAUGCACACUAUUACUGUUACGCACUUCAAGAAGUUAUAAUAUGUAUAUAACUAAUCUUGAAUAUUUUAAUUUUGUUCUUUUUAGUUAGGUUUUUACCACUUAUAUGUUUUUGAUUUUUACGUUUUUCUUAAUGUGUUUGUCCACUAUAUCCACAGUAAAAAGUGGGUAUUUUAAAUAAUGCCAAAACUAAUUUCUACUUACUUAGUAGUUAUUUUACUUACUAAGUAGUAAGUAAAAUAUAGUUCAUUAGAUUUCUUAAGCAAGGACAUUAUUCUUGCUCGACUGAAGGGAAAAUGUUCACAUGUUUUGUAUUGUUAUUGUAUUAACUUUAAUUUUUAAAUUAAUUCAGUUUAAUUGGGUUCAUAGGAUUUAACAUACACCUAUUUAUUAGUUAACAAUGAAAAGUGUAAUGUGUUGAAAUGAACUGGUACUAUUUUUAUGAAUUUGAAAGAUUUUAGCUUCAAAAUUUGGUGAUGUUGAAUUGCAGUUUUUAUAAUUCAAGAACUGUUAUACAAUAAAUAAUAUUGUAUGGUAUAUUAAAACUGGCUCUGUCUAUGUUUUAUAAUUUUGAUUUUACUUUAUUAAGCCAUGUUUAGUUCAACACUUCUUCAUAAUUUUUACUACAUUCUACAUUAGAAGACAAUUACAAAUCCCGUAAAUCACCAUGUAAUGUGCUUGUGGAAUAAUACCAAAAAUAUGUUUAUCUUUGUCUUGAAAUACUGUUCUUAAUUUAAAAAUGUGUAAUUGUCCUGUAAAUUUAAUCCAUUUUACUUGUUUUAAUUUAUCAUAUGGAUGGUCUGAUACCAAAGUGAACCAACUCCAUAUUUUUAAUUUUUCAGUACGAACAAUAAUAGAUUUUCAAUGUUUGAUGCUAAAUAGCACUUUGAAAUUGAAAAACAUAUUGUUGUUUUGUGAUAAUCUGAAAAGUUACACUAAUUGUAUCUUCAUAAUUACUGAAAAAAAUUAAUAUAAAACUCAGCAAGGGAUGAAAAUAUUUUUUCAAAAUUUUUUUGUACUGACAUGGUUCAGUCUGGUUCAUGAAACUUACCAUUGCACCCUGGGUGCUUCAGUGAACCAAUAUUUAUAUGUAAAAUAAGUUACUUAAAAUAUUUUUCUUUCAUCUUUAAAAUUACUGAAUUGUAUCUAAAAUGUUCUAAGGUGGAUUUUACUUCUAAAUUAGGGAGGAAUAAUAAGUUCAUUACUGAUUUUUCAUUCUGAUUUUAUUAUUUAAAAAGUGAGAAGACCAAACAAACACAGUAUUACAAAAUUAAAAACAGGUCAAAUUUAAUAAAACUUAUAGAUUAUCAACCAAUUCUUCAUCGUUGAUUUCACUGGUAGUUAUUUCCUGUUUCUGGAACAAGUCUUCAUAAAAUCCAUGGUGAAUCGGUGGCACAAGUUCUAACAUUGAUUUUAAGUCAGCCUUUUUUUCAGAAGAAAGAGGUUUGCCGUUAGGAUUCUUUGUGACUAAAGGAAGAUGGUGAAGAGGAACUUGAGUCUUACUGGGUUCAGACCUCUUGGUUUCAAGGGUUUUUGAUUUCUUUUUUUGGAGCCGUUUACUGAGACUGAUUGAGUGGUACUCAACAUCACUAUUGUGUGUGUACUUAUAAUACAUGACAUAAGGAUGACUUUGUCUUACACAUAAACUUCUGAUCUUUAACCAUUCAACUUUCUCUCCGUCACACUCUUUUCUGUUUGUAAGAGCUGCGCAAACUUGAUCAGUAGUUAUCAAAUCUGUUUCCUUUAUAGUAAUGACUUCAAAUGCUUGCUUCUUUGACCUACAUCCCUUUAUUAUUUCAGCAAGCUGUUGUGGGACAUAAAUGUAUUCGUGUCUUCUCAUGCUUUUUUCUAUGUGACCAAAAUCCGUGUCGUUUGGCAAAAAACUGUGGCCUGGUAUGGGAAAUUUUUGCUCAAUUUCUUUAAUGUUGUUUAAAGGGUUUUGCACUAGUCGCAUGAGUAGGGAUACCAUUUUGAAAUUCCUAUUCUGGCCACCACAUGAGUCGCACCACAACACAAUCUUUUCUUUUGUAGGAUGGUCAGAAAUGUAUUUCAAAAGGCAGGAUCCAAUUUCAUCUGGUCCCCUUCCUCCUUGACAUUCAUUCCAAAGGUGCAUUGUUCCUUUUGACGAGGCACAGUCAUGAACGCCUAAAUUAUAAACGGACAAUUGCCUCUUAUAAUAUGCUAUUCCUGUAGGAACCUUUGGCAAUGAGAAUGUCUUCUGUAAAUCAAAAGUUAAAACGGUGCAUUCGCCGUUUUUAGCAAAUUGCAUGUCCCGCUUCAUUUCAUCUCUUGCUGCAUUUACUUUUCUAUGGUGAAGCUCAGUAUUGGCCAACACUUGAUUGAGUUUCAAUUUUUUUUCUGCAGAGUCUAGUUCACUCUCAAUCGCUUUCUUCUGGACAUUAUAUGAAUCGCACACUUUACAGGUGUCCUUAUGAGGUGUCUUAAAACCUAAAUUGAAGUCUUUGUAAAAGAUUUUUUCAUACAUUGACUGAGACACAGUCUGAUCUUUAACAUUAUCAGCUUCCAUUUUUUGGGCAUAUAACCUAUACAUUAGACUUAAAUUUAAUUCAGCCCCUAAAUACUUUUUGUUUGGAUUAUCUUUGCGACUGUAAUGGCUAGUGUAGGCAGGAAAAGAUGAUAUAUGAUUUUUAACAGAGUUAAUUCGUUCAUCUGAUAGUUUGUUAUGAGGCGUAUGUUUACCUCUUUUGUCUACAACCUCACCACGACUAACUUUCAUCAGUGAGCGAUGAAUCUUCGCGCUAUCUAUUUUAAGUGUUUUUAUAAACAUACUUUUACAAAUCCUGACAUCAAUAUUUUGACAUGGCAAAUAAUAGUAACGAGAGAAUUCUCUCUUUGAAUCAUCAGAACCCUUUUUUUCAAAAGCAUUUCGAACUUUAACAGACCUACCAAUAAUAGCAGUCUGUGUAUCAAAUGACCCUGAAUUCCAAAAGAGAUCAAAAAACUUUUUCCUUUCAUCAAUAUUAACUUUUUCAGCGCAUUUCAUUCUACAUUUACAGUCAAACGGUUCAAAUAUUUUACUUGCAACAGGAUUACCACUAGUACUCUCAUAAGCUUUUCCUGAGUUUCGAUUUAUCUUUCUAAUAUUUUUUUUCCACUUAGCUGGAUCUCCGUAGUUUCUCUUUCUUCUCUUCUUCUCGGGUGGGUUUUCUUCUGUUGCUACGAGUGUUUCCUGUCUCAUUUCUGAUCCAUCUGCCCCAACAUCUUUUCCAUCCUUCUUCUUCUUCUUCUUCCUUUUUUGCUUAGAACCACAUGGGACAUCAUCUGCAACAUUAAUGCCAAUAUAAAGCAUGUACAAAGCCAACAAUAUAAAAUAGUCCUAUUUUAUUAAAGUAUGGUGGUAAAAGGAUUACUGUAGUAAUAAUGUACCAAUAUAUACACACACAAAAAACAAAAUAAGGUUUGUUUUAUUAAAAAAUGAAUUAAUUAAUCUAUUAUCAUUGUCUAUAAGCUUUAUAAAAAUCCAGGGGCAAACAAACAAUCAGCAUUUUUACAAUCUCGUCUGCCAGAAUGAACUAACAUCAUUUAAAUAUCUGAACACUGUAUGCCAGAGUGAACUAACUCCAAAAUCCCAGUUAUGACAACAGAUAGUAUAUCGUGCAUUGCAGAUAUCUGUUAACAACACUAUUGAAAGGCUACAACAUUAAUAUGUUACAAAAAACACAACCACAACAGCUGAUAUUAUGGAGGGAAUAGUUAGUUCACUUUGGCAUAAGAUGAAAUGCUAAUGUACACUAACCUAUUGCAUAUAAUUGAAAUGACCUUAGAUAAUUAGUAAAUGUGAAAUAUUACCUUCACUACUAUCUUCAGCAUGUUGAGGUGGGAUGUACUCGUCGCCAGAAUCUUCAAAUAAGUCGGAUAAACUGGAGUUUAACUCACUAUUUAUUAAAGAAGAGGAUGCACCAUGAACCAACUCUAAUGCGUCAGCCAUGUUUUUCAGGAGUUAGUUCAGUCUGCCACACAAACAAAAUCAAAAUUCCCCGUAUGGUAAAACAGAAAAAUAAAAUUUCCCUCACAAACUCAGCUGUUUAAUAUGGUUCUCUCUGGCAUGUGAAUGUAUUGUAUUUUAUAAAGUAAGAAAUGACAAUACCGGAAAAACAUUGAAAUUGGAGUUGGUUCAGUUUGGCAUCAGACCAUCCAUAUAUUUUUACGAGUAUAUAGUGUGGAUUACAAAACCAAGUGCAAUUUGUAUUGUAUAAUCUUAUACAUGGAAUGACUAAGCGACAAUUAUGACAAGUUUUGUACUUAAUAUGUGAUAUAAAUUUAUAUUGUUCAAGGUUUUUUGCAUUUAAUUGUCCAAAACCUAACAUUCAUGGUUUUAUAAAGACACCUAGUGCCUAAGAGGUUAAUGUUCGAAUUUAAAAUCUUGUUAUGUUUGCGAAAUAAAAUUUAGAAUGUACUGUUGUAACUGUUACCUGUAUAUAAUUGUAAAUAGGUAAUUUUGUACCUGAAUGUAGUUAUCUGAAAAAGUAACUUAGUUUUAAAAGUCCAAAUUUUCAUACAGUAUUUCUAACAAGCUUUACAGUUUUCUGACAAUUCAGUUUUCUAAAUCAACAUUUAUUGUGUUUGUUGAACAGUAUUUUUAACAAGUCAGUGUUUUGUACGUUUAUUAUUUGCAUUUUGCUUUAUGUGUUGAGUUUUUAUUUCACAAUAGACUUUAGAUUUACAAACAUCACUUCAUUUUCCUUUUGUUUUUUCACUUGGGUUUCUCUUUGUCUUUUGUUGUAUAAGAACAUAUUUUUUAUAUCGUUGUAUUGAAAUAAAUCUAUGUUUCUAAAGAAA